CGAGGGUGUUCCGGGCGAGCGAGGCGGCGGCGGCGGUGGUUGCGGUGGUGGCGGUGGCGGCGACAGCGCGGGCGAGGUGUUCGGGAGAUCCUUUUCGUUGUCUCCCUCGCUGAUUAACCGAGCGAACACGAGGAGCAAAACGUCUUUAUAGACGCAGCCGCGACUGAAGCGGCGGGUUGCUAUGGCGAUGACGGGCGCGAGCAUCCCGAUGAGCGUGCACACGCAGGACAAGGUGACGCGCACCAAGGUGACGCUGGAGAACUACUACUGCAACCUGCAGGCCCAGCAUGAGGAGCGAGAGACGCGGCAGAAAAACCUCGAGCGGGUUAUGGACGAAGAGGGCUUGACAGAUGACGAGAAGGACACAAAACGCAAGCACCACGCACGCAAGGAGACGGAGUUCCUGCGGCUCAAGCGGACGAGGCUCGGCCUCGAAGACUUCGAGUCCCUCAAGGUCAUAGGGCGCGGAGCCUUCGGCGAGGUGCGGCUGGUCCAGAAGAAGGACACGGGCCACAUCUACGCAAUGAAGGUGCUGCGCAAGGCCGACAUGCUGGAGAAGGAGCAGGUGGCUCACAUCCGAGCAGAGCGGGACAUCCUGGUGGAAGCAGACAACCUGUGGGUGGUGAAGAUGUUCUACAGCUUCCAGGAUCCUAAAAACCUCUACCUCAUCAUGGAGUUUCUCCCGGGCGGCGACAUGAUGACGCUGCUGAUGAAGAAGGACACGCUGACGGAGGAGGAGACGCAGUUCUACAUCGCCGAGUCGAUACUGGCCAUCGACUCGAUCCACCAGCUGGGCUUCAUCCACCGUGACAUCAAGCCCGACAACCUGCUGCUCGACAGCAAGGGUCACGUGAAGCUGUCGGACUUUGGGUUAUGCACAGGCCUCAAGAAGGCUCACCGCACCGAGUUCUACCGGGACCUCACGCAGGCACAGCCCAGUGACUUCAGUACCUCUUCCAAGCCCAUGAACUCAAAGAGAAAAGCGGAAACUUGGAAGAAAAACCGGCGGCAGCUGGCUUACUCUACGGUGGGCACGCCAGACUACAUCGCCCCGGAAGUGUUCCUGCAGACAGGAUACAACAAGCUGUGCGAUUGGUGGUCACUUGGGGUCAUCAUGUUUGAGAUGCUCAUCGGGUACCCUCCGUUUUGCUCCGAGUCGCCCCAGGAGACGUAUCGCAAGGUGAUGCACUGGAGAGAGACGCUGGUGUUUCCGCCUGAAGUGCCUAUAUCCGAGAAGUCUAGAGACCUCAUCCUCAGGUUUUGCUGCGAGGCAGAGAACAGGGUCGGGGCGAACGGGGUGGAGGAGAUAAAGACGCAUGCCUUCUUCGAGGGCGUGGACUGGGAGCACAUGAGGGAGCGACCAGCAGCCAUCCCCAUCGAGAUCAAGAGCAUCGACGACACCUCCAACUUUGACGAGUUCCCCGAGUCGGACCUGCUGCAGACCACCGGAGGAAACGAGCAGACGACGGAUGCGGAGAGCAAGUACAAGGACUGGGUGUUUAUCAACUACACGUACAAGCGCUUCGAGGGGCUCACGCAGCGCGGACCCAUCCCCUCCUCCAUGAAGCAGCACAAAGUGUGACGCCCUCCCCGGCUCUCGCGCACACAACGGACCGAGAUCAAGAUCCCCCGCGUAACUUACACAGGUUUUUGGGGACAAGUGCUGUGUUAGCGAGCACCUAAUGAAGGCCGGCACGAUGUACGAGUUGGUGUGUGGUGGUGGUGGUGUCAGAACCACGCCCGGCUGCCUUAAUCUCCCUCGUGGUGAUGUUUUACGCACUGCACCAUGUAGUCAUUUAACAACCUAGGGGGUAGGUGUCGCACCGAGUUCAGAUAUUCAACACUGAUGUUAGCCGUGGCCAGUAAUCAAACUCGGGUUGCCGUGUUCGUAGCUCUGUGCGAUAGUCACUCCGCCACUACCCAGCGUGGUGUUGACCACACCACCCUCUCGUGCGCCGUGCCGGCCUUCGUAGAUGCUCUUCAACAGCACUUCCCCCAACAGCCUGUGUGUCUUAUCUGGCGGAUCUUUGUGAUCCGCUCUCGCGUACGCACGCACAUGCACGCACAAAUGCACGCCCGCCCCUACGGAGACUCCUCCGCUGGCCCCCCGUUCGCCGCCACACUUUCACUCGUGUAAAGAAGAGAUGCGAAGAAAAGCGACGAGGUUGCAGAUGAACGCUCUGCUGAGAAGGGAGGAGGACGGACGUGUGUGCCUACGUUGCGCGGUAGCUGGGCUACGGAGAUUAUUUUUUUGAUUUGGUUUAAGUGCGUGUGUAUGUGCGUGCAUGUGCUCGGAUGGUCCUCCGCUGCGUAUCACAAAACAGAAGGAAAAGAAUGCUAAAUCAACGAUAACUAAUCCCCCCCCCGCACUUUUCAUGAUGGAUAUUUAAAGUGCUCGAGGGGUAUUUGGAUGACGCCGGUUGCUGCUGAUGGCGACCCUUUGAGAGUCUGAAAUCCGUUAUGCUGCUGCCGCUACUGCUGCUGUUACGUCAUAAUCAUGCGAACCAGGUUACCCACAAUGUUACAUAAGACGAGGGGAAACAAACUUGCACCGCUCGCCUCUAAAUGACUUGCAUUGGCAAACGCUGGCCUCCCGUGAAGUUUUCGAGGAACGGGAGGAUUGCCAAAACGCUUCUCGCUGGCUUUAAAGUCUGUGCGAUGCUCUGUCGUGCGAUGAACCGAGCCACGAGAUCGCUCUGGGGGCAUUGGAGCAAGUGAGUCGGCAAGCCGUUUCACUUUCAGACAAUUCCUGUGUGUGCAGACGAAUUACCGACCAUGAGUUUUGUUUUUAGGAAGGGGCACUAUUUGGGACUGCCGUUUUCCAAGCGAGUCCUGUUCCACUGAUUAUUUGGCUGACAUUUAAAGUCUGCGCUGCCCUCAUCCCCGACAAAGUACAUCUAUGACGAAUCAGCUAUUGAUACGUUAUUAUCUAUGUAUUUUAUUUUCUUUAACUGAGAACGGUGUAAGACUUUUGUGCUGUUAUGCUGAAAUGUGUACCAAAGCAUUUGUAGACGUGCCCCCCCCCCUUGCCCCCCCACCCCCCAUGUCUCCUCUAAUGAGAGUUAGGUUGAUCCCCUGUGCCAUGAAGGGAACGCCAGAUGAAUUUCCAGAACCAUAUUUUAAAGGGUGUAAUGUAUCCCAAGCAGCUGUUAGCAGGGCUUCCGUGAGAGGGGAACGUUCCACCGAGUGGUGUUGCCCUAUCAAUCGGAGCAGCGUGGGAGCCAAGGGGUCGUAGGAAUCCCUGGCGGUGAGGGUGGAUGAUUCUUCGGAAGGGAGUGCGUCUCGCCUGCUUCGAGCAUAACGCAUGGGUAGGGGAACCUUACCCUUACCGACGGCCGGAUAGAAUCCUUCAAACGCCUUUGGCGGGCAGCCACACGUGAACACACGACCUUGGCAUUAUACAAUAGGAGCGCAAAAAAGCAACGUGGCGUUCCCUGAGUAUAAUGAGGCCCAUGCAAUUGACAGAAGUCGCAGUGUUGCCAGAUCGCAAAUAAUUGUGGAUGAGCACCACACAUAAUGAAGUCGUGGGUAGUAUCUGUUCCCUGGGCGAUGGGUUUUUGAUCCCUGGUGCAACAACAUGCGGGUCAGCGUCCGCACGUAUAAUGAUGGGGGGGUGCGGCGGGGAUUGGACGUUCCAUUCUCCUGACCCAACAUCAUAACCUGCACCUAAUACGGAACUCUUCUCGCAGCUGCGGCAUGCACAGGUGGCGAUAUCCACCACGGAGCGGUCUAUCUGUCCGUAGGGGUGUUGGGCAGCAGGCUUGGGCGUUGACAUUCGAGGGUCGAGGGGGGCCUCUUGGUUGUGUCCGGUCCUUGUCGGUUGACUUGUGGACUUGUCCACAACAAUCAACGCAGAAUGCCUUAGGGUGUCAAAGCAUCGUCACCAAAAUCAUACCGAUUACAUGUUUUCGUUAAAUUCCAAAUGUGCACCCCCGCCUCCAACAUCUCAACUUGCUUAUUUUUUUGUUGUUAUUUGGAAACAUUUUGCUAAUAUGCAGAUCGGAGUUGCUGACUGCGACAGUGAGUGGUGUGACGUUUGUGGUAUAAAGGAGAAAUUAACUCUUGUCACGCCGUCGCGUGCAAGGGGUCAUGUGGAAGUCAAUUUUUUUCCUUUUGUUUAAGUAUAGCCGCGCUUCGGUAUUUUUGCAACGUGAACGCAUAAUCAUUUUAAAUUAGUGGGCGCGACAUGUGGCACAAUAGGUAUAUUGAUGAUUAUUUGGCUACACUUUAGAGACAUGCUUUCGCACAGGAUGAAUUCACUGGCUUCUUCAACUCGAGAGCACAUUUUACUGGAUAUAUACAUGUAAUUUGUCACCCAAAUAUAAUAACAAAGCAUGUUAUAUUUUCACCAAUGGGGGAGGCCUUCAUCAAUAAGUGGACAGCCCAUGGCUUCGUGAUGAUGAUAGACAGGCCUUCGUCUAGCAGUAGAUAAACCAUGGAUUGGCACCAUAUACAGAAUGUCAAACCAUCUACCAUUUUUCAGAGCAAGUUACAUUAAAUACGGAUGGACAAAUGGAAGAAAAUAUUCUAAGGUUGUUUGCGCUCGUGUUCAAACUUGUAAAGAAUGCUUUCGGAAGGGAGCGUGUUGGGAGUGGGAAUGACGUGGCUUGUGCAGUCUCAUUGAGUGGACUAAUCCAUUGACUCUUCUCGAUCCCGUGCCUGUCCAGAAGGCCCCUUAGUCAGGCCCUAACUUAAUCUUAUUUAAUUUAACUUAAAUGGGGUUCAUCUGAUAAUAUCUACCGAUGCUCAAUGAUGGUUGAAAUCAGACAGGACUGUCUUACUCUUUAAGCAAAAAAAAAUAAUACGAUGAAAUUCUCGUGUCCCAUGUGUUGCUUGAAUUUAAGUGGCACACCUCAGUGUCCCGUUUCGCAGGACACGAUUCGACCAAUUCGGCAACACACGGGCGUGUGGGUCAACAUCCCGUACAUUUGCUGCGUGUUUCUUUUGUUGCUGGUGGUGGCAUUUUUUUGGUCGUUUUUAUUUUUUCUCGCUUCAUGUAAUAUUUUUUUUUACCGUAACACGAUAUAUUUAUAAUUUUAAACUCCUUUUCAAGCAGUCUUAAGUUGACCGUAUUAUCCACAGCCGUGUGUGUACUCCUGUAGACCGCCGUUCACUCGCGUAGACGAGAGUGGCCCGUCCGUUCCUCUCGCGAAUGGCUCUCUGACGAUCCUUACAACAGGAAUCAAAUUUGGUCCGUAUCAACACGUGUUUGUUUUUAAUCAAAUGCAUUGUUUGUUUUCUAAUCGACUUAUCAUUUCCUCCUUUUCUCCCAUUUCACUGACAGUGAUCGCAAACAUGUCAUCGGUUCUAGAUUUGAAGUUUUCGUGACUGCAAGGGUCCAUACUCUUUGUUUUUUUCGGUAAAGUCACGUAGGUAAAACAUACAAUGAAAUCACGACGUUUCGGAGGCAACACAGGCUUCCGUCUUCAGGUGACACCGUCACAGCAAAAUUACUGUAUCACUUGAUACGUCGUGAUUUAAUUUAUCUUUUAUUUUAUUUUUUACCUACGUGACUUUACCGAAACAUGUUAUAGUUUUUUUUUUGCUCCCCCCCCCCCUCCUCUCAAUGGGAAUGUGUGUGGCUUUGGUGCGUCCCGAGAUGCGUACACAAGGCGCUUUUUGUUGCUAAUUGCGCGCCCUCGAAGGCUCGCCGUCGGAGCGUUUUUUUCCCCCAUAUGCCGUGUUCUCCUUUGCUAUAGGUGAUAUAAUUUCGUGGAAGGUACAUAUUAUACGUUAGAGCGGCCUGCUUACAUAUCGGUGGGAGAUGCGGUGGUGUGUGUACGAUGCUCACCGUAUAUAUACACACACACACACGCGCUGCGGAAAAUACAAACAAAUAUAUGUAAUACAGAAAAUAGGGAACACGCAUUUACUGCAGGGCUAUUCAAAAUAUGCAACGGGGCGUUGUACAGUUAUAUAAUGACCUCCUUGGGUGAUGGGGUGGUAUUUAACAAAAAAAACACACGAUAAAUAACACAAAAAAAAACAUUAAAAGAAACUGCCGAGAGAGAGAGAGUUGGACCUGGCGCUUGUUUCGUGAAUACGGCGCGCGCGCGUUUCUUUCCGUGAAAGGAGCUGCAUCUGUGCGGUGGUUUCGGUGGAGAACGAGAGCAGAGUUCCCCGCUUGACGGUCCCGCGACGACGACGCGACACGCGAGGCUCCUGUGUAGUCUGUCCGCCGUGCCGACGCCUCCGGGUACCUGAAGUGUGUGUGUGUGCGCGCUACCGACUUGUAAUAACGUUGUACAUUCACAGCAAUAAAAAAAACACACGUC